AUGGCCGAGCUCGACACUCUCGACCUCCUAGUCCUGGGAGUUAUCCUCCUGGGCACCAUUGCCUACUUCACCAAGGGCUCGCUAUGGGGCGUCGUCAAGGACCCCUACGCCAGCUCCUUUGCGGCCAACGCCGGCCAAAAGACGGGGCGCACCAGGAACUUCAUCGAGAAGAUGGACGAGACCAACAAGAACUGCAUUGUCUUCUACGGCUCCCAGACCGGCACCGCCGAGGACUAUGCCUCGCGUCUCGCCAAGGAGGGCAAGAGCCGUUACGGUCUCAACACCAUGGUCGCCGAUCUGGAGGACUACGACUUUGAGAACCUCGACGAGUUCCCCUCGGACAAGAUUGUCAUGUUCGUCCUCGCUACCUACGGUGAGGGUGAGCCCACCGAUAACGCUGUCGAAUUCUACGAGCACAUCCGCAGCGACGAUGUCUCCUUCUCCAACGGCAGCUCCCUCGAAAACCUCAAGUACGUCGCCUUCGGUCUCGGCAACAACACCUACGAACACUACAACUCCGUGGUCCGCCGGGUCGACGAGAGCCUCACCAAGCUUGGCGCUACCCGCAUUGGCGUCGCCGGCGAAGGAGAUGACGGCGCUGGCACCAUGGAAGAGGACUUCCUCGCCUGGAAGGAUCCCAUGUGGUCUGCGCUCGCCGAGAGCAUGGGUCUGGAGGAGCGCGAGGCCAUCUACGAGCCCACCUUUUCCAUUGUCGACCGCGAAACCCUCACUGCCGAUUCCGAAGAAGUCUACCUCGGUGAGCCCAACAAGGGUUACCUCCAGGGUACUCCCAAGGGUCCUUUCAAUGCGCAGAACCCCUACACCGCCGAGGUCGCCGAGUCGCGUGAGCUCUUCAAGUCCAAGGACCGCAGCUGCCUGCACAUGGAAAUCGACGUUUCUGGCUCCAAUCUGACCUAUCAGACCGGUGACCACAUUGCCGUCUGGCCUUCAAACGCUGGCUUCCAGGUUGACCUGUUCCUCAAGACCCUCGGCCUCACGGAGAAGCGCAACCACGUCAUCAGCAUCAAGGCCCUCGAACCCACCGCCAAGGUCCCUUUCCCUACGCCGACCACCUACGAUGCCAUUGCCCGCUACCACAUGGAGAUUUGCGCCCCCGUUUCUCGCCAGAUGAUAUCGACUCUCGCCCCCUUUUCGCCCACUGAGAAGAUCAAGGCCGAGAUGACGCGCCUCGGAAGCGACAAGGACUACUUCCACGAAAAGACUGGCCACUCCUUCUAUAACAUUGCCCAGUUCCUCACCGUCCUCGGCGAGGGCGCGACGUGGGACAAGAUCCCCUUCUCUGCCUUCAUUGAAGGCCUCAACAAGCUCCAGCCGCGCUACUACUCCAUCUCGUCCUCGUCCCUCGUCCAGCCCAAAAAGGUCGCCAUCACCGCCGUCGUCGAGACCCAGGUGCUACCCUCCCAGGAGGCGCCUUUCCGCGGCGUCGCCACCCACUACCUUGCCGCCCUCGCCGACAAGUUCAACAAAGGCGCUAAGUCGGACGCCUACGACCUCACCUACCAGAUUGCCGGCCCUCGAUCCCGCCACACCGGCACCCACCUGCCCGUGCACAUCCGCCACUCCAACUUCAAGCUCCCCUCGGACCCGAGCCGUCCCAUCAUCAUGAUUGGUCCCGGCACCGGCGUCGCACCGUUCCGCGCGUUUGUCCAGGAGCGCGCCAAGCAGGCCCGCGACGGUGUCGAGGUCGGCAAGACGUUGCUCUUCUUUGGCAGCCGCAACGCCAAGGAAGACUACCUGUACGAGAGCGAGUGGGCCGAGUACAAGGAGGCCCUCGGCGACGCGUUUGAGCUCGUCACGGCCUUUUCCCGCGACACGGCCAAGAAGGUCUACGUCCAACACCGCCUCAAGGAGAAGAGCGAGGAGGUCAACGCGCUGCUCCAGAAGAAGGCGCUCUUUUACGUCUGCGGUGACGCGGCCCGCAUGGCCCGCGAGGUCAACACGACGCUCGCCCAAAUCAUCGCCGAAAACCGCAAAAUUACUCCUGCCAAGGCCGAGGAGGUUGUCAAGUCGAUGAGAGCCGCCAACCAGUACCAGGAGGACGUUUGGUCUUAG